AUGUCCAAUCCUGCUGCCCCAUCGACAAGCAUAGCAAAUGUCAAAUUAGAGCCAGCCUCUAAAGACUCCGACUAUGAUGUUUUCCCACUUCGAGCUUUGACUGAAGAUGAAAUAGACGAAACCAGGUACCACAUUCUCAAGUUCCACAGUGCUGCACAGAAAAGAUCCGAAGAACUUACAAUUUCAAAUGUCGUUGAAAGAGUUGGAACAAAAAAAAAACAAGAUGAAGAGAAAGAGAAGGAACAGGUAGUAAAGAGAGAGGAGUUCCUCAAACGAACCGGCAAAAAGGACCUUACAGAUGAACAGAUUGACGAAGAGUUGGAAGUUGAGGGAUUAGACGAACGUGAGAGGAAGAUAUACGAUGACAAAAAGAAAAAAGAGCUGGAGCUAAAGGAGAAGGAGGAAGAAAAAGACAGACAGAUGCAAUUGGUGGCCCCUGAUGGCGGAGCCAGGAAACAGAAGAAACAGUUAAUCAAAAAAAGAACUAAGCAAGUUAGGGCAUAUAAUGAGAAAAAGAGAAAAUUGAGAUACGAGGAAUUUUAUCCGUGGGUUCUAGAGGACUACGAUGCAAAUCAAGCCUGGGUCGGCAAUUACGAAGCCGGAAUAAAUGACAAUUACUGCUUGCUGAUACAAGACACUGUCAACAAAUGUUUCAAGCUAGCUCCUGUGGAGAAGUUUUACAAAUUCACGUCCAGAAAUAAGUAUGCCACUUUGACAUUAGAAGAAGCGGAAGCUAAAAUGAAACAAGGUGGUUCAGGCCAAAGAUGGUUGAUGAGAAAGAUGCAUGAUGAAGCUACAAGUGGUAAAAGAGUCGAUCUGCGGUAUAGAAAAGUGCAAAAGGUGAAAAGUGAAGGAGGUGACGAAGACGAUGAAGACGACAUUGGUAAGAGGUCUGACGAAGAAGAGGAUUUGGAUUACGAUGACGAAUUUCAAGACGAUGAAGAAGCACCAAUCAUGGAAGGUCCGGACGAUGAGAAGAAAUUGAUUGAAAGCAAGAUGAAAAAGGAAAUGUUGAAGGCUAAUAGUUUGAUUGAAAAGGUUCCUGAUGAAGAAGAGGACGACGAAUUUGACGAGUUGUUUGAUGUGAAGAAGGAAGAUAAAGAAAGUAAGAAAUUGAGAAAGGCUUUGAGCAGAAAUGCAAUGAACGAAGUUUACGCCAGUGAUGAUGAGGAAGAAAACCCAUAUCUGUCGGAAAGUGAGAUAGACCAUGAAAGUGAUAGUGAUUCAACUGACUCAGAGAAAAAGAAAGAUGGUGAUGUUAAGGUCAAGACAGAGCCUAACGAUGAUGACGAUGACGAGAUCAAGGUCAAAAGCGAGCCAAAAGACGGCGAUGACUUUACCGGUGAAACCGCAAGUCCAAAAAAGAAGAAAAGUAAAUCCAAAGCCAAGAUAUCAGUGGAAAGUUAUCGCUCUGGGUUUAUCACAAUCAGAGCGACGAAGCAAAUACUCUCACAGUUUCCUAAGGGCGAAUGGAAUCCGAGAACUGCUAUUCGUAGAGAUUUAAUCGAUGAAGAAAUUACAAACAUCAGCAAUCCGAACAAGCUUACACGUGAAGACAUCGACAGUCUGUUGGUGAACGGACCUAUUGAGUUAUCUUUUCUUGUGAAGUCACUACGGGGGAAAAUGCAGCGUGAUCCUAAUUCAAAGGAUGACUUGAGGCAGAUCUUGAAAGAAAAUUUUAUUCUAAAGAACAAGCAGGUUCACAGAAGGGAGUCUUGA